UGGUACUAUUAAUACUCUGAAGGUAGCUUUAUAUGUUGAUACGUUUUGAUUGGCUUUCAAAUCUUGUUUACGUUAAAAUUUGUGAGUUCAAAAGUGAUGUGAUUGACAGCGAAUAAUUAGUACUCAUCAGUGAACUUUUCAUAAACUUAUUAAGAUGGUACGAUAUGCUGCACUUAAAGGCUUGUACGAUUUGGAAAAGACCAUCGGUAGCGGAGGUUUUGCUAAAGUUAAACUUGCUACGCAUAUUGCAACCGGCGAAAAAGUUGCUAUCAAAAUAAUGGACAAAACGUCAUUGGGUGACGACUUACCAAGGGUUAAACUAGAAGUCCAGGCAUUAAAAACUUUAUUACAUCAACACAUUUGUCGAUUGUAUCAAGUUAUAGAGACAGAAAGUCAUUAUUUUAUGAUAAUAGAAUACUGUUCAGGAGGAGAAUUAUUUGAUCAUAUUGUUGAAAAAAAUAGGCUUUCUGAAACAGAAUCGAGAAAAUUUUUUCGUCAAAUUGUAUCUGCAGUAGCGUAUUUGCAUAGUUUAGGAUAUGCUCAUCGUGACUUGAAACCAGAGAAUGUCUUGUUAGAUAGAGAAGAGAAUUUAAAGCUCAUAGAUUUUGGAUUAUGUGCAAAACCAAAAAAUGGGAUUGAUUCACAUUUACAAACAUCCUGUGGCUCUCCAACGUAUGCAGCACCAGAACUUAUAUUAGGAAAGAAAUAUUUAGGUUCAGAAGUAGAUAUAUGGAGUAUGGGAGUUCUUCUUUAUGCACUACUUUGUGGCUUUUUGCCUUUUGAUGAUAACAGUAUAGAGAGUUUAUACAGGAAGAUCCUUAGUGGUAAAUAUGACGAACCAUGCUGGUUAUCAAACAGUAGUAGGAGAUUGAUACGAGCAAUGCUACAAACAGAUCCAAAAAAAAGAAUUACUAUUCAAGAACUGUGCAAUCACCCAUGGGUUACAGCAGGAUUCCUUAAUCCCGUUUCAUUUGUUCAUAAAACUAAUUUUGAAAAAGAUGAUGAUGUACUAAGUACUAUGUCUGCAAUAUGUGGUGAACAUCCUUCAGAUAUAUGGAGAAAACUUACAAAAAGUGAUAGAACUGAUUAUAAAACUGCAACAUAUCUCUUACUUUUGGAUAGGAAACUUCGUGGACUAUCACUUCGAAUAUCAUCUUCUGCAAAAUCUCAUCUUAAAUCUGAGUGCGAGGAAGAAAGUAAUGGUAUUAUAACUAAACUUGAUUGCUCUCCAAGAAGCAAAUCUGUUAGAUCACCAGUAACAGAUACUAUUUUCAAAAGUUUGCCAAAAACGCCAGAGACUACUAACGAUUUUAUGGAACCACAUUUGCCUGGUAGAAAACGACUUCGAAGUAAGGAAGGAGAUGAUGUAUAUUCUCCUGUUCCAGCAAAGAGAAUUGCAGAAAAAGAUAGGCUUCUUUCUACUCCUACUAAUACUCCAGUGUUGGACUCAAGGGGGUCACAGUCGUCUACACCGGGAAGUGCAAGAAAAGUAAUUAUGGGCUUGGAACGUGGUUUGAAUCGUGUACGAUGCGUCCUUACGCCAAAGAGACGCGUGAAGAACGAAAGUACUGAUCCUGAUCAACCUAAUGUACUUUCCGGAAAGGGUCUUUGUAAUGUAUCGUCAACGUCCAGUGAUGACCCUAAAUAUGUUCUUUCACAAUUACGUCGUGCUCUUCGUCGUAAAGGAAUUAUGUGUCAUCAAAAAGGGUUUAUUCUACAAGGAGAAACGGAAGAUUGUACAGAAGAUUAUAAAGACACGAUGCGACCAUUCUCAUCGCGGAAUGCUUGUUCUUUCGAAUUAGAAGUUUGUUUAUUAGAGGGUGUUUCAAAUGAGAAAUUAGUCGGUAUUCGAAGAAAACGUUUAAAGGGUGAUGCAUGGGUUUAUAAACGGGUGUGCGAAGAAGUUCUCGCUCUGGCAGCUGAAGAUCUUUCUGCGGAACCAGAAGGUUCGACAGAAUCAAAAUGUCCUAUAUAAAGUCUUCCUAAUAAUCAUAACCUUCAUAAUAUAAAUAUAUAUUUAAAAUAAUACAUCACGAAAAGUCAAUGAGACUAUUCGUCUAUACUCUGAUCUCCACUAAUUAUAUUAAAUAGAUUUAAAAAAUAAGGCAGAUGUAAAGAAUAUGAACGUUUGUAUCUAUAAUUUCGGCAGAUAUUGUUUAUGGCAUCUUUGGUAACUACAAGUAUAUCUGCAUUGUGCGUGUCUUAGAACAUAGUUUCUUCUGAGAAGAAACGGGAGAAAUAUUACGAAAAAUAUAAAAUCUGUAGUAAAUAUUUCGCCGGUCUUCGAGCGAUAUAAUGAACUUAAAGUCUCAGUGAUUAUUACAAUCAUCAAUUGUGUAAUAUUGUUUAUACAGUAUAAGAGAAUUACAAAGAGAUU